AUGUCUGAAGCUUCAAUAGGUAUAAUGGAAGGAGCGUUCUUUGUUCCAAAGAGUGAAAUUCUUAAUUGGAUCAACAACUUGCUCUAGUUGAAUUUGACGAAAAUUGAGCAACUAGGAACAGGAUCAGUCUAUUGUUAAAUAAUUGACGUACUUUAUCCAGGCACUGUUAAAAUGAAUAGAAUUAACUGGAAAGCUAGAAAUGAGUGGGAAUUCAUAGUUAAUUUGAAAUAUCUACAACAAGCAUUUCAAAAGAACAACAUCAAAAAAUACAUUGAGAUUGAGAAACUUUCAAAAGCAAAGUAUUAAGACAAUCUUGAAUUUGCUUAAUGGAUGAAAAGGUAUUUCGACAUAAAUAAUGGCUAAAAUAAUGCUAAGGAUUAUGAUCCUGUUGCAAAAAGAGGAAUCCAAAACUCAGAAACUGAUUUUUCAUUUCUAGAUAUGAGAGACAACUCGAGAAUGGCAGCAAUGAGAGGAGCUAAAAAUGAUAAUAGUGCCGACUAGAAGUACUUAAGAAAAAAAAUGGUUACAAGAAGCAAGUCUCCCAUUUUAAAAUCUUUAGAGAAAAAUUAAUACAUCUUAGGAUCAAAAAGCAAAGAAUUAAAAUUAGAGAAUAUGUAGAAAAAGCAAUUAAUAGAUGAGAGAGAUAUUCUAAUUAUUAAAUUUCAAGAAAUUUAAGCUAUAUUAGGAAAAUCUAAUCUAGGAGAAGCUUAAAAAAUACAAGAAAUUACUUAAAUAUCUAAUUAUGUAAUGAGUCUUAACUUAAUACAGUCAAAAGAGUAAAUUGAAAAUGACGAAAACAAUUUUAGUUCAAUAAGAAAGAGAAAUUCAAUUGACAAAUUUUAGCAUAAUAAUACAAUCAAAGAAGAAGAUAGUCCACCUAGAUCUGAAAAACAAAAUACCAACGCCUAAGCCUCAUAAAAGGAAAAAGUUAUGAAAAAUAAUUCAUAAAUUUCUAACUCAUCAAAUUUAAAUAACAAUCCAAGCAGUUUAAGCAAUAAUAACUACACUGUAGCUAAUAACACAAAUAAAAAAUCCGUAAUCCUUAACUAGCCUUUAACAGGAAAUAAUAAUUAAAAUAUCCCCAAUAAUAGCAACAGCAACUAAAACUCAAAUAGCAAUAUUGAGGAUGUUAAGUAAGAGAAAGCAUCUCACCCAAAUAAUAGAGGUAGUGUCUAAAAAACCUAAAUAGAAAAAGAAUUACACAAAAAGUAAACUUUAGCACGUGUAAAUAAGCAUUCUGAGUAGUUAAAAUAAAAAGCCAAUUGA